AUGUUCAGGAAGAAAAAGGCUUCCAGUUACUCUCGACCUCCAGCAAAAAGUAAUGCUUCAUCUUCUACUUCGAGGAUGCCGAAGCGGAAAAGGGCUAGGUCUCUUCCGAGGAAAACUAAACAAGUACCAAAUCCGCAGUUCAUAGGGGGCGAACCAUCGGCACCUACUAGCAAGGAAUGGGAAAGUAUGACUCAGUACCAUAGCUUUAUUGUAAAGGAUGCUGAAGGAAAUGAACACCGAUUCCCUAUUCAAACCUACUCCCUCAUCCUUCCAGAGGGAGCCGACCCAGAAAAUCCACCCCUAUUGCGAGACUAUUGGGUAGGCAGGAUCAAAGAAAUCCGGGGUCGUAAUAAUGAUCCUUUCGACGUUUGGGCUAGUGUUCAAUGGAUGAUGUCCAUCCAGGACGUUAACGAAUACAUAAAAGUCCCAUCAGAGUCGUUCGGCAAGUUGGAGCGAGUCCUGUCAAAUCAUUUCGAUUUCGUGCACACGUCGUGUUUUGCGAGUCUAACUCAUGUUGCUCCUUAUGUUGAGUCAGAUACAGAGCCUCCAGCUAUCAGUGAUGAGACUUUCUACUAUCGCUAUACAUUCGAUAUCUACUCUUACGAGCUUAAGCCAGUCCUUACUGCCAGUUGUUUCUGCAAUGAAGGUUACAACCCGAACGAGUCGCCAAUAAUGCAUUUCUGUCCACGGAAGGGAUGCUGCAAAGCUUUUCACGCCGAUUGUCUUCGAGCCGCAAGUUACGUUGAGAAACCGAGGAAAGACCUCCGUUCUCUCAAGCCGUGGAGGGAGCUGCAAUUUGAAGGAGCAAUCUAUGAUUCUUCAGAAGAGGAGGGAGCAAGGGUUAAACCACCCGUCUCUAAUGCUUCGAGUUCGAGGACACUCGUAUCGUCUUCAAACCAACCAAACUACAAGCGAAUACGAAGCCGUAGCCCAAAUGCAGUUCCUCUAGAAGUAGACAAACAUCAAAAUUUGCCAUUAUCACUCCUUACAAUUGCUCGAUCGCCGAUGGUUAGGGGUAUUGGUACAGAUUUACCAUACGAAUGGAGUUGCGUUACGGGUAAUCUCGCCGUCGUCACCCGCGCACGCAAGCUUGUUCGCGAAGUUAUUGAGGAUGGCAGACGGCUGCCGAGGAAAUGGCGUUCACUACUCGAGAUUCCUGGGCAGGAGGACAAGGAUGACGACGAAGAUUCCAUGAUUGAUAUGGAUGGGGAAUCUGUGAAAAACAUACGAAGCAACGAACAGAUCGAAGGACGUAAGAUGACAGGGAAGCGGAAGAGAAUAGCUCGCCUUACACUUCCAGUUAAACGCCACAAGAUCAAACAUACGGUACAGUCUGACGGAGAGAUCGAUAUACGACCAGACGCAAAGGAGUACGCGAGGUGGAGAACAUAUCGUUCGUUUGUUGUGACGGAUGAAAAUGGUGAACCAGUGACUUUCUCUGUCGGUGAAUAUGGACUCGUCAUCCCAUAUGGAGUCUCACCGAAGUAUCCUCUGCCUCUGCACGAACACUGGGUAGGAAAGAUACGGCAGAUACGUUCUAAAGGGUAUGAUCCCUCAGAGGUAUGGGCAGACGUCCAAUGGCUAUGGUCUGCAGUUGAUAUUGCCGAAGCGAACGGUACUCUUGAUCUAACUCAGUUUGGAAGCAUGGAGCGAUUUCCCUCCAAUUCGAGUGAUUUUGUUCACUCGAGUUGUUUCCAAUAUCUAGCAAAGGUUGUUCAAUUCAAUGAAGGAGAUCCUGAGCCGCCUAAUAUCACAGAUGAGACCUUUUACACUCGUUAUUCGUAUGAUCACAUCAAGAAUCGAAUCCUUCCAAAGAUCAUUGCGAGUUGUUUUUGCGGAGUCCCAUACAAUCCAGACGAGGCACCCGCUAUACACUUCUGUCCUCGCAAAAAAUGCAAUGUGGCAUUUCACGCCCCAUGCCUUCGGAACAAUGGCUGGGUAUACAGGCAGGAACUAAAGUCUGAUACCAGUCUUGACGUACCUCCCGAGACCCCAGGCAAACGAAAGCGGGAGCCAACUCAAACCAGUGAAUCAGAGUCACCAGGAUUAGAAGAGAAGACGACGACGACGAAUACUAUCGUUCCCCGCGCACUCCAAUUCGAACGCACGCUUCCCGGCGCGACAUUGGGGGAUAGUCUAAACGCUGUGCCAGCCAACUGGGUCAUAGAUGUCAAUAGUAAUGUUGACUCUUCUCCUGGUUUAGCCUUCAAUGCGUCUGUUUCGCAGACUCCGCCUUCUGGGAAAAAGCGUUCUCGGAUAAUAUUCACAAGGUAUAACCUCGUCCCUUCCACGUUACUCGCCCUCGCACGGUCGCCAAUGGCACGAGGGAAUGAUACUGGUUUGCCAGAGGAUAGAGGAUGCGUCACUGGGAACGUCGCGUUUGUUUCACGCGCUCGGAAACUAGUUGCAAGAAUUGUGCACCAGGGAAAGCCAUUACCCGAAGACUGGUUUGACCAGCUGGAUCUGCCUAAGUAUGAAUGUGAUGAUGAAUCAGAUGGGAGUGGAGGGAGGAAGAGCAAGGAAGACGAGGUAUUGGAAUGGGUUGUGAAGGAUGAAGGGCUGCUUUGUCCCAGAUGUGGAGGUGCGAUAUAA